CUCUAGCUCAUAUAUACAUUCCAGCGCUCCCUCCGUGCGCAUCCUGAUCCUCCUUGAACGCCGUCCCGCCUCACCUCUCUUCCCGCCAUCCGUCAGCAGCCCACAUCUCGCUCACCUGCCCUCACCGCCGCACCCCGCCCACCCGCACCUACGCGCAGACCCUUGCAAGCCUUAGCACGCCUUCGCGCCCGCGCCCGCACCUCGGAGCUGACUCACUCGCCCCCGCGCGCACGCCAUGCAGCCUGGAGUAGUAUCGUUGGUGGUCAUAUCCGACAUCACAUGCCCAUGGUGUUACAUAGGCCAGCGCGAGCUGCAGAAGGCCAUCAAGGAGGUCGAUGACUGCGGCCUGACCAUCAAGGUCGAGCACAGGCCGUUCCUCCUCCACCCCACCAUGGAGGAGGAUAAGGUCAUGGACCGAGCCACCUUCUACAGCGAAAAGUUCCCAGAGGAGAAGUUCAAGCAGAUUAAGCAGAUGGUCACUUCGCGCGCAGAGGACGUCGGCGUCGAAAUUCGCUUCGAUGGCCAGCUUUGCCAGACCCUCCGGGCGCACCGCCUCCUCCGGAAGGCCUUUGAGGUCGGCGGGCAAGAGCUCCAGGAGAAGGUUCAGGACGUGCUCUUCUACACCUACUUCACGGAGGGCAAGGACAUUUCCGACCUGGACUACCUUACGGAGCUCGCAGAUGCCUCUGGUGUCUUGACCAAGGACCAGGCCCUCGAGUUCUUCAAGUCCGACGAGUACCGCACUGAGGUCGAGCAUAUGGCCAACGAAGCGCGCAAGAAGGGCGUUACGGGCGUCCCCUUCACCAUCAUCAACGGCAAAUGGGCCGUUAGCGGCGGCCAGACAUCAGACGUCUACACCCAGAUCUUCCGGAAGCUCGCCGGAAAAGGACCUCUUCACGCCAUCCCCGACGCCCCGAGCUGCUCUGACCAUGCCUGCCCCAUGGCCGCAGCAGCCGCCGUCAAGUCAUGACUUCGAACAGCUUGAGGGCACCACGCCGCCAUCUUUCUCGCCAGCGCCAGCGACAACCACCCUCGAUCCGCGCUAUACCUACCAUUAUUUGUCUUUGGCUGUUGGUCUGUUGUACUCUAUUAGUUUCGCUAGGCCGGUACGUUUUCCGCGGACCUAUCUAUGCGUUUGGGCGCGUUCCGUAGUCGUAGUAGGAGCCAAAUGUUGGGAGAUGUCGCGCUCACCCCUGUCACGUCGAUAGCUAUAGGUUCUGUCAUCGAUUUCUU